AUGAAACAACAUCUCCUGACUCUGCUUUUGUUGGGAUCCACGGCUGCUCUAACAACUCCAUCCAAUACUGGACGUAAUGCUCACCGCCGUGCAAGUUUCGCACCUACCGUACCCCAACUACAUGAGCAUGGAUUGUUUCAUAAUGCUCAAACACCACUUUUGCAAUCGUUCCUUCCAUUCCAAAGGAACCUCGCAAACAUAAAUAUACCCGAUAAAUCUACCAAUCCUGUCGAUAUAGCCAAACUAUAUGCCUCAGAACGACUAGGUGUAUCUCUCGACUCCAUAUCUGUAACCUCGUCGCAUGUCUCGUCGCAUACGGGAGUCACCCAUGUCUAUUUGCAACAAUUGCAGGGAGAUCUAGAAAUCGUUAAUGGUGUAGCUAAUGUAAAUAUUGAUCGUGAUGGACGUGUUAUCUCUUUUGGCUCCUCCUUUUACACUUCGGAUACAGCUGAUGACGAGGAGGUUACGGGCUUUUUAACGGUGCAGUCGGAUAAGGCUAUUAAAUUGAAAUCUGUCGAGUCUGAACGAGUGACAACAAAUCCUGGAUCUAGUGCUUCUGAUGCUGUCAUGGCUUUAGCUCGCUUUUUGGAAGUGGAUGUGGAUGAGGUUGUUGAAGUUGCGGUGGAUAGUAGUUAUGUAGAGAAACGUAGUGCUGGCACCAGUAAGAAAUACAGGAAGAAGAAGCAUGCAAAGGCUGCUACCUCUAAUGACGACGAUGGUACUAAUGACGAUACCCAAGCCAAACCACAUACUAUAAUCAAGGCUCCACAACUGGCUGUAUCAGACAUCCCAGCUCGCCUUAAGUACAUUCAAACAUCUGAAGGUACUCUCAAACUAGUAUGGGAUCUGGAAGUGGAAAUGGUUGACUCUUGGUAUCACGCUCACAUCGACACUGAAUCUGGAUCUGUAAUCUCACUAAUUGAUUGGGUGUCUGAUGCAUCCUACAAUGUCUUCCCUCUUGGCACCAACUCUCCUAAUGACGGUGAGAGAGUCAGUGUGCAAAACCCAGCAAAUCAAUUGGCGUCGCCACUAGGAUGGCACGAUCAAGACCAAAACAAACGAUUCACCAAGACUUUGGGUAAUAAUGUCUUUGCUCAGGAGAAUCUGGAGGGAAGAAAUAAUUGGGAGAAUAAUUAUAGGCCUGAUGGGGGUGGGAAUUUAGAGUUUAAUUACAAGCUGGACUUGGGUAGAGAGCCUUCACAUUAUAUUGAUACCGCUGUUACCAACUUGUUUUAUUGGGUCAAUGCUCUGCAUGAUCUGUUUUAUGUAUAUGGUUUUGAUGAGAAGUCUGGGAACUUUCAGGAGGAGAAUUUCGGGAGAGGUGGUCGUGGUAGUGAUGCUGUAGUUGCCAAUGCUCAAGAUGGAAGUGGAUACAACAAUGCCAAUUUCGCAACACCACCGGAUGGUCAACGUGGUCGUAUGCGAAUGUAUGUUUGGGAUAUCACACAUCCAAACCGUGAUGGUGACCUCGAAGGUGGCAUUAUUGUACACGAAUAUUCUCAUGGAAUGACUAUUCGUUUGACUGGUGGUCCCGCCAACUCUGGAUGUCUAGGAUUUGGAGAAUCUGGUGGAAUGGGAGAAGGAUGGGGUGAUUUUAUUGCUACAGUACUUCGUAUGACUCCUGAUACUACUCGAAACGAUGAUUUCGAUAUGGGUAGUUAUGCCAACGGAGGUAGUGGUAUUCGUAAAUUUAAGUAUUCAACAUCCAAAUCUACCAAUCCGUCUACCUAUGGUUAUAUUCAGAAGCCUGGUUAUUGGGGUGUUCACCAAAAGGGUGAAGUGUGGGCUGAAAUCUUAUUUGAAGUAUACUGGAGCUUACUAGAUGUACACGGCUUUGACUCGAACUGGUUUGAUACUCCAUUGAACGAUCAAAGCACCGACGAUGAUACCUACUUGGACUUUAGAACUGGUCAACACAUCUCUAAACGUAGCCACAAGGACGACAAGGAGGAUAACCACGACGACGAUGACGAAUCGGCUACCAACCAUAAGAAGAAACCGCAAGAACGAUACCCAACACAUCCGCCACCAAAGAAGCCAUUAAGUGGCAACGUAUUAGCACUCCAACUAGUCAUAGAUGGACUCAAGUUACAGAACUGUAAUCCCAGUUUUGUGGAUGCUCGUGAUGCCAUCUUGUUGGCUGAUAAUCAAAUGACUGGUGGAGCUAAUGCUUGUGUAUUGUGGAAGGGCUUCGCGACCAGGGGCCUGGGUAAAUCAGCUCGCAGUGGUGGUCAUGAGGCGUUUGAUCUCCCUGUUGGGUGUUAA